CCGAGCCGAGCCGCCGCGCCUCCCGCUCGGCCUCCGCCCUCAGCUCCCCGCCCGAGCCCGCCCGCACCCGCCUUCACUCUGGAGCGGCCCGGGCAGCCGCAGCAGGGGCGGCGGCGGCGCAUCGAGGAGCUCUCCAGGUCGUCCCGGGAGAGGCUGCUGCAGUCCCGGGACAGGAUGUUUUCCAAGCUCACGUCCAUCCUGCAGCACGCCGUGGAGGCGCUUGCUCCGUCUCUUCCAUUACAAGAAGACUUUGUUUAUCACUGGAAGGCAAUCACCCAUUACUACAUAGAGACUUCAGAUGAUAAAGCCCCAGUGACUGAUACGAACAUUCCGUCCCACCUGGAACAGAUGUUAGACAUACUGGUCCAAGAAGAAAAUGAGCGAGAAUCUGGAGAAACAGGGCCAUGUAUGGAAUACCUGCUCCACCACAAGAUCUUGGAAACAUUGUACACCUUAGGGAAAGCCGACUGUCCUCCAGGGAUGAAGCAGCAGGUUUUACUGUUCUACACCAAGCUUCUGGGAAGAAUCCGGCAACCCCUGCUUCCGCACAUCAACGUACACAGGCCUGUGCAGAAAUUAAUUCGACUCUGUGGUGAGGUCCUUGCAACACCAACGGAAAACGAAGAGAUUCAGUUUCUCUGCAUCGUGUGUGCGAAGCUGAAACAGGAUCCCUACUUGGUUAACUUUUUUUUGGAGAACAAGUCAAGGUCGCUGGCUUCCAAAGGAACCCCGAAUGUCGUCUCAGAAGAUGCCCCCAAAAGUCAGGACCCGGUGUCAGCGGACACCAGCCAGUGCCCCCAGCCUCAGGAGCUGUCAGGUGCCACUGGGGUGCGGCCCACAGAGUCAGAGGAUGAGCCCCCUCCCCAGGUGGAUGACCUGUCUGCGAGCUUGGAUGACCUCAGUGUCUCUUCAUUGCCAGAGGCCUCUGUCCUUCGGCCAAAGCAGGAUUACAACUUGGUGAACUCUCUGUUGACCCUGACAAGGAGCCCUGACGGCCGGAUAGCCGUGAAAGCGUGCGAGGGCCUGAUGCUCUUGGUGAGCCUGCCAGAGCCCGCGGCUGCCAAGUGCCUUGCUCAGAGCACCUGCUUGUGCGAGCUGCUGACCGGCAGACUUACCUCCCUGUACAAGGCCCUGCCUCCGUCAGUGGAUCCCUUAGAUAUUGAAACCGUGGAGGCGGUUAACUGGGGGUUGGACUCAUACAGUCAUAAAGAGGAUGCAUCAGCGUUCCCAGGGAAGCGAGCCUUAAUUUCAUUUCUUUCCUGGUUUGAUUAUUGUGAUCAACUCAUCAAGGAAGCACAAAAGACUGCUGCUGUUGCUCUCGCCAAAGCCAUCCACGAGAGGUUCUUCAUUGGUGUUAUGGAACCUCAGCUGAUGCAGACCUCCGAGAUGGGCAUUCUCACAUCCACGGCUCUGCUGCACCGCAUUGUUCGGCAAGUGACCUCGGAUGUCCUGCUUCAGGAAAUGGUGGUCUUUAUCCUCGGAGAACAGAGGGAGCCAGAAGCUCUGUCAGAAAUCGGCAGGCAUCCCCUAAGGCAUAGGCUAAUCGAACAUUGUGAUCACAUAUCUGAUGAGAUAAGCAUAAUGACCCUGAGGAUGUUUGAGCAUCUCCUGCAAAAACCCAACGAGCACAUUCUUUACAACUUGGUCCUGAGGAACCUUGAAGAAAGGAACUAUACGGAAUACAAACCCGUGUGCCCAGAAGACAAGGACGCGGUGGAGAACGGACUGGUGGCAGGAGCCGUAGAUCUGGAGGAAGAUCCAUUAUUUACUGACAUUUCACCAGAUAAUAAUAUUCUACCAAGCCAAGAGUGGAUCAGUUCACCCCAUGCCAGCCCAGACCACCCCAAAAAUGACGGCAAGACGGAAGUCCAUAAAGUCGUCAACAGUUUCCUCUGUUUAGUGCCGGAUGAAGCAAAGUCUUCCUACCAUGUGGAGGGCACUGGGUAUGAUACCUACCUCAGAGACGCUCACAGGCAGUUCCGAGACUUCUGUGCCAUCUGUUUACGAUGGGAGUGGCCUGGCGCCCCCAAACCUCUGGAGAAGUGUGACUUAGAAGCAACCUUUUUUGAAGGACAUUUUUUGAAAGUUUUAUUUGACAGAAUGGGAAGAAUUCUUGAUCAGCCUUAUGAUGUGAAUCUGCAGGUGACCUCAGUGUUGUCCAGGCUCUCCCUCUUCCCGCAUCCACACACACAUGAGUACCUCCUAGAUCCCUAUGUGAACCUGGCCUCUGGCUGCAGAUCCCUCUUCUCUGUGAUCGUCAGGGUUGUUGGUGACCUGAUGGUUCGAAUCCAGCGUAUUCAGGACUUCACCCCCAAGCUUCUCCUGGUCAGAAAGCGGCUGCUGGGCUUGGAGCCUGAAGGGCCAGUCAUCGACCACAUCACGCUGCUAGAGGGUGUGAUUGUCUUAGAGGAGUUCUGUAAGGAGCUGGCGGCCAUUGCCUUUGUGAAAUACCACGCUUCCGCCACGCCGUGAGUGACGUCACCAUGCUUCUGCCACAGUCGCCCAGGUCUCUGGGAACCCAAGUUACUGUGUACAUUUCAUCCGGAAAGACUCAGCUCCACCCAGUCACGAGAGGACAGAAACCCUUGGUAAAUGGCGUAGGAAUCCACUGCGUGACUGCCGUCGAUGAACGCGCCUGAUGUCGCUCCCCGGCUCUGACAUGAUUCUCUGUAUAAAUUGCACGUUGUUGAAACCCGGGAUGCAACCAGAACUUCCGGAGAUAGCGUUUCCAGUGACUGAAAGCUGCAAAACUUGUGGUGUUAGGACUUUGCUGGUAUUUCUGUUAUUUUAAAAUCUCUCCAGGCAGCAGAGUAUUUUGACAUUCUCUGGGACUCAGAUGCUUAUACUCUUUUGUAUUAAUAAGCAGCAAAAAAAAAAAAAAAAAAAUCACUAAUUUUAUAACUUUUUAAGGUUAAGAUUCUUAUCAUACAAAAUAUUUAAGAGAACUGUAAAUGAGGAAAAAAUUUAGUUGAGGAGCCAUCAAAGGGAUCUCUAGGAGAUAGAAACAUGCAGAGCAACAUCAACCUCUUCAGCUUUUGUAAGAAUAACAAUUUAAUAUGAUAAAGAAAGUAUUAAUUAAUAUAUAUAUAUUUUUAAAGAAAUGUUCUUUUACUCUUGUGUGCACAUAGCCAUGUUUGUGUUGAUUUCCAUGUGGCUCCCAGUUUAACUGUCACUUUGGCAGCAGCAUUGGACUUAGGCCCAUCAUGGGCGGUGUUUGCUGGAAUAGUAUUUUUUCAAGCUAAUCGACACAUACUGGUUGGGACCUCCCCCAUCCCCUCUCUGAGAAUCGCUUUAUGAAAUUGCUUUCUAAUUGAUUUCCUUACGAAGUGGUAGUUGCAGGUAGGAACGGACUCAACUCUUAGGCGGCGGUCAGAAUGCCGAGGGCCUCUUCAUGUUUACAUUUGCUUUUCAUUUCAUUCGGUCUUUGGUCUUAAGAGAUUUUUAAAAAGUCUUUUCAUGUUCUGUUUACACCUUAGAGGGUUUGAGGAAGCUGAGUGUGUGAGUGUGUGGAUGCCUGAAUGUCUGGGUUAACCCAGUUGCAGGGCGCGGCUGCAGGUCACCGGUCUCCUUGUCCUUGCAGUAUUCAGGUGACUGGUGCGGUCGCUUGGCUGUGGCGCUCAGGUGUUCAGCAGCAGGCUCUUCUUCGCGCUUGGGAGCUCAGCUCACCAUAGGUCUGCUUCCACCCUGUGACGUCACCAGAUGCCUGUGCAUAGCCACAGCACGUGGCAUGUGCUCGGAGCACUUUGACACUUUGCUCAGUCUGUUUUACUAGCAUUUCUGAUUCAUUUUAUAGUUCAGUUUUGCUCCUUAGAAGCAAACUACCAAAAGAUACGAAUAGCCACAGUUCUAGAAUGGUCAUCCUUGUCAAAACAACAAAACAACCAUUCAUUUCUAGCAUGAUGCAAAUCUUCCUUUGCUCAUUCAAAAAAUCCCUUACAUAAAACAGUAACAAGAGGAGACAGUGGUUCUCUGCAUGAUUUUCCCUCUGUGGCUUUGAGUGAUGACAAAUGGUUUGUUUUCUUGUAUUAUUGACCAGUUUGUGCAAGAGUUACCACAGCACCUCCAUUCUUAGAUGUUGCUACAGUCUACUCUGAUGAAGGUGUGUUAAAAUAAGGCAUUGAGAGGUGUCAGAUAUCUCUUAAUGCCUUUCUAGUGCUCAGUAGGUGUGGUAGCAGUGAGGUUACCUCCCAGACCAAAUACUCGUCCUUGAUUUCCCAGCAGGACCUUAUCGCUAAUCCACACAGAUGAGCUCAGUAAAGCUUUAACUAUUAUUUGUGUGUUUGCUGCUUCUGAGAUUGUGUUCCUAAGUUGUCGUAAUGACCUUGAUCUGUAACCAGCUAGGGUCAGUCAGUUUCUCUUCUAAGUUCAAUUUCUUUUUCAUUCUUAAUUCAGACCUAGAGUCAGCACAAGUCAUGGGACUAAGGUGAUUUGUUAAGGAAACCAUGCGCCCUCAGAGACCCGGCUAUUUCCGGUAUUUCCACAAGCUGUGUGGGUGGAAAGUACCACCUUAGCAAGUGGUUGCCAUGGUGAGUUCCAAACUGAACUCUGGCCUGCUUCAUGUUUGUAUAAAUAGGAAAUAAGUGCUCACUUUUUUUUUUUUUUUUUUUUUUUUUACUUCCUAACAGUAGUCUUUGGGUUUAGUUUCAGUAAUGAGCCAAUCUUCCCUUGACAAAAUCAGAUUUGCCAUUGCCAAUUUUUAUUGUAAUGCCCACAUUAUAACUUAAUGUUCUCAUAAUGUAUCUGUGCAAUAUGAAGCUAUGAGUGGAGUCAUAGCUUUUUGGCUUUCCUGUAUAUUAUUGUGUUUGUACAUGAGUGUAUAUAAAUGUGUGUAUGUGUAUAUAUGUAUAUAUAUAUACAUAUAUAUGUGUGUGUGUGUGUAUAUAUAUAUAUAUAUAUAUAUAUAUAUAUAUGGACCAAAAUCCUUAGCUUGCUUACACUGUUGCUAGUGUAAAGAUUGUUACAUUUAAUUUUACAGGGCACAAAUUAUAGAAUGACUUCAUACUUUCAUGGUAACGUCUCCAUAAGUUAUUACAUUAUUCUACAGUUACCAUUUAGUUAUUAAGUUUACCAUGUAACAAAAGAAGUUACAGUGGAAUACUAAACCCACAAACUAUAUGGUAAUUGUACAUUUUGGGUUGUACAAUAAAGUAAAAUAUGCAUGUCAUCGUGAUACUUGCUAUGUUAAGACAGAAGAUCCUACUUCUGGGCCCUGUAAAAUAUUGUCACUUAAUAUACUCUGUUGGCCUCCUGCCUUGUUUACAUUAAACAGGAUAUUUGGUACAUUUCUAUGAACAUCGCGUAGGUCACUGAUGGUGGCCGCUGAUGGAGAAACUCUCAGAUGACUGUGUGCCUACCGCCCAUCCAGGGAGGUGGAGAUCCACUUCAGCUUCUGCGCUAACAGUGCAUGCAGGAUUAAGAGGGAAAUCAAGAAAAUAAAUCACUGUAACUUAAACAAAA